AUGUCGACGGUACGAGGAAAUUCGGUGAGAGCAAGUUCGGCACGACGAAGGCCAGGAAGGAAUACCAGAGCAGAGCCUCUCGAAAUUGUCGACCCAAAUACGUUUGUGUGGCCGGAGAGGAGUCGGAAGAAGUUUGUUCAACUUGUUGCGCUGCAAUGCCUUCUGAAUCCGACACCCCCGCGACAGAUAGCCCAACCCGUCCAUCAGAAUGCUGAUUCGAGGGAGAAGAGAGGUGGAUACCAGAGCAUGCUGCCGCCAAAGGUCGAACGAGAUUUGACAGAGCAUUUCGCCUUCCUAGUUGCGGCAGGGGCCGGUGAUACCGCGUGCUGUGUGGAGGAAGAAUAUGUUAUUGAUGUCGGCAGCACGCUCAGGUUUAGGGUUGCCAUGAAAGAGGGGGUUUCUCAAUGGAUACUGGAUGGGCUUCGGGGUGUUUGCAAUGAAGUUAGCAGGCUCGCGAGGGGUGGUAAGAGCAUUACUCAAACCUGGUAGGAUAAUGGGGGCCGCGGACUGACCUUUGUGUCGCAGAAUCGCCUGAAGCCGAUGUCAAGGCGGAGACUUGGCGAAGAGUCCUCGAACUUGAACGGCCGAGAAUCCAUGCGGACUUGGAAGAGAGGUUUUCCAAGGCUAGCGGAUCACUGCCCAAGCUUUUCGAGGAAUCGUUGGGCACGAAAGAUGCAAGCAUUACCGAAUCCCUCGUGGACGAAGAGGCAAGACUGGUGCUCCAGAAAAUCUACGACUUGUGCACGAGAGUUGUUGAUAUGGAUAGGGAGAAAACCGGGAAAGACCUGGAGAAAUUGCUAGACACCUGCUAUCGAUUUCGCGCGUCCAGAAACUUCCGAGCGUUCUUGAAAUCGGUUCACGGCCGGAGGCCGCUUACGCAGGUGAUUGAGAAACUUGGGAGAUACAAGUCCGCCAGUGUGGCUCUGGUAACAGGAGCCAAGAAGUACCCCGAGAUGUUUACCAACCUCGAGGUUGAAGCAGUCCCCCAACUUGCCCCAGAGGCCGCAGUAUCCACGGGUUUUCACGGCAUCUACGUCGGCGACGUUGCCCAGGAAUUGACCGCAAAUAGCAAGCAACAAUGCCUCAAGCGCCUUCAAUCAGUUACCGACCUCAAGGACGGAAAGCUUGAGACCCGAUAUCAGAAGCUUUGCCAGGAGAAGCUCGCGGUACAUGCUGAAAUACAGAUGGUAAAGUUCUACGAAGAGAAUCCACAUAUCGGCCGUCCGGCAUUUAUCGGAUGCAGCAAGAAAUCGUGCUAUCUCUGCACACUUUUCAUUCAAUUAGAAGGGAAGUUUGAUGUAGCUACAAAGGCCCAGAGCCACUACCAACCCACCCUCCACAACAGUUGGACCGUGCCCACAAUGAAGUGCUCCAGUCCAGAGAAUGCAGUUAUGUACACCUUUGUUGUUGACAAAAUGUCCAGAAUCUUGGAGGACUCGUGCAGGACGAUACUAUGGGAGAAUAGCAGCAGAGAGGCUAAGCUUAACCAUCGCUUGACUCCAAACCCCCCACCCACCCCACCAGUGUUUGGAUUCGAGGUUCCUAGCGGUCCCUCGCCGUCGCCCGCACCGGCCUCCCGCAUCGUGUCUACACUACGUGCAUCAAUACCGGCAUUGCCCCGCAUAGCAUCGUCCUACAAUUUAUCCUCCGGAGCAACCACACCCACCAAUAUCCCCUUGAGCCCGCUCUCGCCGACGUGUUUUGGAAAUAUUCCUUCACGAGGCCUUUUAUCCACCCCCGGCUCGCGGGUCCAGUCGCCGGGUCUGAUCCUGAUGGCACCUCCAAAACUAUCCAGAAAGCAAACACCUGUGCUUGAUAUUCCGACCACUCCCGUAAAACUUUCGAAUCAAGCCCCGGGAACUCCAAAGGCUAUUGCCACACCAACCAUUACAACUCUUCCAGCCCCAGUUUCUGCGCCUUCCCCAAGGCCAGGAAAGCACACCACACCACCUCCCCCAAUCACACCUCCAGCUGUCGAGACAGGGUUUCCCCUAGCCCUCUCCGAGCCCGAAAUAUUUACUCCAGACCGAGAACCAACUCCUAUGAUUGCUUCUACAAAAAGGGAACCUACACCGAUCAAAGGCCAAGCAUUCGAGAGCGAGCCUACCCCACCGAUACCAAACUCACCAGGGGCGGAAACGGCCGAAGGUUCGGAGGAUCUCUUCGACCCAAUGGCCCUGCCAAUUCAGAAACAUUCACCUCUUGUGAGCUCAGUUGAAUCUCCUUCUCCAACUCCAAGCCCUCCCCCGAAACCCAUGCAAAAGCAAACACUACCCGCAAAGCCAACAACACCCCCCCCAGCUCCCCGGCCUGCGUCUGGCCCUGCUCCGUUACCGUCGCCACCCUCCUCCACCGAAUCCCUAUCAAAACCCUGGCCCUCCCGUGUUCAGACCAGAGAAACUGGCCUGCCCCCCACUCCUGCGGACAGCCCAACCCCGUCUUCGGGGUCCUAUUUCCCCAAGUCCGAGCCAAUCCGUAUCAAACCUACUGUCAACUUUUCCCGUCCAACAUGUGAAUUCCCACCCACACCUCCUACCUCCUGCAAGGCUAGUUCAUCGAUUCCUUGGCCAGCUCGAACGGAAACCAUGAAGGCAGCCAGCCUCCAAGCCUCGGCGAUUGCACCGUCAACCUCACCCAAGCCGUUUGCUGCCACGACCUCUCGCCCAUCAACACCGGUUAAUGCCCCAACCCGCGUGGGUUCGUUCCGAAGGCGAGCUAUAAGCCCCCCGACACAGACGCACAUCCCCAGACCUUCUUCCAAGGCUCCAACGAAGCCCUCGCCACCACCCUCUACAGAAUACUCCUCCCCAAUUUCCCCUCUCAGGCUUGUUCGAAAACAGACCCCUCCGCAAACCGCGGCAAUGGCAGUCUCAAUGGCAGCUUCCAUCCCAAGACUUUCCAAGUCCCCGUCGCUGAGGUCUUCGCGGAGAACACCUGUCUCGGAAGCUCGGACCGAGAUGGUUACCUCUGCAAUUGCCCUCGAAGCUUCCAAGUCUCGUCCAGCAGCCGCCGGAACCCCACCGGAUGACAGAGUAUCUUCUGAUAGCGGGCAAACCUCCACCGGGGGCGUCGCGCUUGCUCAUUCACCCGGGGCCCCUGCUUCUAUUCCCCCAGCGACUGCGCUUCGCUCCGAGGCCACUGCCAACGAAUCGAUUCUAGCACAAGUUAUCCGAAAGAAAAGCGAAGCCAAGCGACAUCCUGAUGCCAAACUCCCUUUCACGGCUCCGGAAACAUUAAUCGUGCCCGAAGAUCCGAGGAGUAGCAGAGGAGGUUCCAUGGAAGUCCACGUUGCAGCACGCAAUGAGGAUGGCGAAUCACUUGGCGGGUCGCGAAGAGGAAGUGGUGCUGAAAGCACCAUCAUCGAAGAUAGUGCCCGAAGCAGCCUGAAGCCUCCCUCUAACCUUAUAAAGUUCGGGCCUAGUGCGGAGCAGGAAUUGGAGCCAUCAUUCAUCAGAAGGAGAUAUGUCGAGGGCGAAAACAGAGGUUUAAAGGCAGUGGCAGUAAAGUCUGCAAAUAGCACAGAAAACAACGGACACCCGAGACCCCAAGGGUUAGGUGGCGUGCAGAGGACUGGCAGCAGAAGAAAGACCUCACCCUCGCCGCCAUCAAAGCUUCCAACACCAUCACCACCGAAGGAUGGCCAUUCAUUCCUAAACAUCAACGGAACUCACAGAAGCACCCGCAAUAAAUCCGGUGGCGUUGAAACCGAGUACACUCUGUACCUAGCAAACCAGACCUCACAGCCAGGACAGCCGCUACUUGGGGAGAAGCUAUUCACGGGAAAGCUAAGCGAUAGGAAGGGACCGGGAGAGAUCAAGCAGCGGGUAGGCUGCAGGUUGCGGACGGAAUUAAGGCCAAGGGAAGGAAGAGGUGCGCAGGGUGACAAGAUGAGAGUCAGGGAGGUAGCCAAGAGCCUUGAGGAAAUGGUGUUGGAUAUCUUCUUUCCGGACGCGGUAUUGAGAUUGGAAGUUUUCUGGGAUGUAUAA